AUGUCGAGCCCGCCGCUACACGCUUCAAAGGAACCCCAGAAGACUUCUGCAACUCAUUGUGAUCCAGAUCAGCCUUCAACGACUUAUUACAUCCCUGGAGAGGCUCGUUUCCUUGAUUCGUCUUCUGAUCAGCAAUCUGCUCUUGUACCUUUUUCAUAUGGUCAAAUCUCUUAUGAGGUAGAAGAUCCAGCAGGUACUUUCAAUUAUUCCUUUAAUCCCCGUCAUUCAAUGUCCAAAUACCUUGAAGAUGUGGACAGUCAAGGUUCGGGAAUGCUCGAUGCUCCCUUGGAAACUCUUAGUUUUCCUGCUCCUGCAUCCGUCCCAUCGAAUUUCUCUUAUCUAACAGGUCCCAUGUCUAAAGAGACUUUGAUUUCGGAUAGCUGUUCUCCACCAGAUGGUGCGCAGUUCUCUCCUCCUGAGUAUAAUCCUGAACUGAUGCCACUUUCUGCUCCUAUGUCUUCUGAAAGUCAGUAUAUUCCUUCACCUUCUGAACAUAGUGAAGAAUUAGCAGAUUCUCAUAUUGUUGUGGGGCAACCCGCCGUUAAUGCCACUCUCAAAGAUGUGGAAGGCGUACGAUAUGAGAGUCCAAAAAACCACGACGAAAGCUGGAUUAUGAGAGCUUUCUAUUCAAGUUCUGAAGACUUUAAUUCUCCUGAAGAGUGGGAUGUGAGGAAAUCUACAGAAGUUGAAGACAACACUCAGUUAGGAACGGAUGAGUCAGACGGGCGGGCGUCUCUAGUUGAUAAACUUUUUGCGAUGUUAGAACGAGCCGAAGAAUCCGGAGAGGAUGAGGAGACUGACGAAAAUGACGUCACUUUGGUUAGGGACUCUCAGCCAACACCAGAACCUACGGCAGAACAUUUACCAGGUCAUUUUCCUCUUCACUAUAGACAAACUUCUCCAAUCCAAGAUGUUCCAACUGCGAUUCCGGCGUAUCUUUCACGUCAGAUUCCCACAGAAUACGCUGCAGAUUCGUUUCAUUCCCAAAACACUUACGGGCUGCCUCAAAUUCCGUAUCUUGCGCCAUCCGAAUUGAUUCUGCAGCAGCGUCAAGAGCAGUUGCCUAUCAUAGAAUCAUCGUCAUCAGCACCUGCUCCGGCCCCUCCUAUGGUCUACACGCAGCCAUCUCUGCAAACCGCAUCUCCACCUCCGCCUUCUUACGCUGUGCCUCCAACCCAUCAAUUUCACCAACCGCCACAUCAAUACUUCCGUCCCAUACCAACAGACUACCUUUCACAACCUCAGAUGGACGUCAAUAUCUCCUACUCGCAGAUUGAACCCUCUUUCCAAGACCUUCCUGGAGCGUGGAACGUCGCUCCUUAUCGACUGCCAGGUCAGCCCGUAACCUACCUACCUCCUAGACAGUUUGUGGAUACACUGCAAUCAGAGGAAUUUGUUCCUCAGGAACCAGAAAGCGUUCUAGAUAUCUCGCAGGCGCAAAAAGCAGCAUCGGAGGCAUCAUCAGCUUCAGAGGAAAGUGAGAGCGCAACAGAUCCGGACGUUUGGGAAUCAGUGUCCGUGCGACGGUGUCCUCAACAGGAUGAAAUGCAGGAAGAGGAAGAAGGGGAAGUUCGGGAAGAACCUAGACCCAAAGGCCCACCAUUCGAGCAAAAAGGACCAACAUUUAACAAGGAUGUAAAGCCAGUUCCUCCUCCUCCGCCAUCUUCUCCUGUGAGCGUCUUGAGAGAAAAACAGCUAGAAGCAAUGGAUCCACAGAGCUUCGUUCAGCAAUUUGAGCGGGAAAUCGAUCAUUUGGAAGAUGUCAGCAUUCGUGAGAUAUCCGAUUAUGAUAGGCAACAGGAGCUAAAUGAGCUUAGACAGAAAAUGUGCGACCGAUUCCAAAGACUUUACCCAAAUUUGUUCAGUGAUGAGGAUGAAGAGACAACCGAUGUGGAACCAAAAUCUUCUGAGGAGGAAGACGAAACAGGAGAUCCUCCGGAUGGAGAAGUUAUACGGAAUGGGAUACAACUAACCGCCAGAUACCUCGCCCUAUGGUUCCCUGAUGAAAAAGAGCGAAAAGAGAUGAUUCCAUGGAACAUUUUGAGAAAAAUUAAAGCAAUUCGUCUUUGUUUUCUGGAUAAUCGCGUAGGUCAUGGCGAAUACGAAACCUUCAAUAUUGGUGAAUUCGUGACUACCACUGGUCAUAUGAUGUUCGCAUACGGUGAUGGUCCAGAAGCCCUGGAUGAAACAAGGCUAUUUGUGCUCGAUAUUGUUCGUCAACAGAUGAAUAUGCUCCUACGACGUGUAUGGUACCAAAUAGUACAGAAACAAGAACGGAGGGUUUUCACUUAUUCUCACAUCUUCUCACUCUACAAAAAGCAUCCGAUCCGUUUACGAAGACUAGUCCGAUACCUUGUGGAACAAAAUAGGAAACGCCAUAUGUUGUACCGAGUAAUGAUCGAUCAGGGUCGUCGAAGGGGUCAGAAUUAUUUCGAGAAUCGAAUGGGUGUGAACGAAACUGGGGCCACGGAAGUGAUAUGCUUGAGGAAAAGGGCACCUCACAUUUACUACGCACUGGAAGAGCUCUAUAAGGAUAAGCUUGAAUUCCUGUGUGAAGAGCGUCGACUACAAGACUGCGAUCCAGAACUUGCCGAAAUUAAAAUGUUCUUAAAGCGGCGGAAUCGACAUUUAUCAGCUGAGAACAAGGAGUUACUGGAUUAUGCCAGACGAGUGUCUUACUGCAGUAGAACAGGACGAUUGUCAUCCUUCCGAGCUCAUCGAUUCCAUGAAUUCCUAGGAUUUCCAGAUUUACAAACUGAUCUCAUUUAUGUGCUGGACUUUAUGGCAAGAGAAAUUGUUAUGGAGGUUACUUACAAGGCUGCUUUGGUUCACAAACGCGAACAGCAAGACCCGUUGAUAGCUUACGCGCCUGGUUUUAUGCAUAAACCCAUUUCCAAAACGGAAGCUGUUACUGAAAGCCUUGGAUUACAUCAUUACGAAGAGGCUUUGCGCUCGAUGGAGGGAUGGCGUCAGAAUCAAGACAUCCUUUUUGGUGCUGAAGAGAACAAAAUACUACUGUCAUACGGGAAGAAUCCAAUCAAAUGGGAAAGCGAUGGGGCUUACAAUCAACGAGAAGCUGCUGAACGUCGAGAUUUCGAGAAAGAUGGACCUAUACCGAGAAGAACCCUCUAUCUGUCCUGUGCUGAAUUGUUCGAAGAACACAAAAAAGUACUGCGUGGAGAAUACUGGGAUAGUUCACCGGAAGAUCUCACAAAAGAAGCGAUAGCACUGGCAAAUGCGUACGCAGAAGCGCGUCGUCUCAAAUUGGACCUCAAACAACCUCCAGUUCCACCCAAAUGGAAACAGCAAGACGAGAGAGAUAUUGCUGACGAGCGAGAACGUCUUGAAAAGUUGCGCAGCAUUAAUCGACAACAUCAAGAAGAAAUGCGACUUACGGAGCAACUGGUUAAAUUGAUGGCAAAAAGCAACAUUAACGAUAGCUGCGAAAGUUCCUCAGUGGUGACUCAAAAAACGAAUCUCGACGAAAUAUUCGACUUGGAGAAGGCUCGCAAAGCUGUUUAUACGGCUGUACGUCGUCGUAAGGCAGUAGCUGAUACUCAGCAAAGAGGUUCAACGCAAAGUAACAUUAGCUCUAGGAAAAUCGAAUCUAAUAAGGACUAA